AUGUCGAAAUGGAUUGGUUGUGCAGUGUCGGUAAAUUGUGGCGAGCCUCUUGGUUAUUAUCAGGGCACAAUCCUGAAAGCGGAUGCAAAUACAAUCACGCUUACAAAGGCCUUUAGGAAUGGUUUCCCAUACCCGAAAUCACAAGUAACACUCAAAGCUGCUGAUAUAAAAGAUUUAAAAAUUAUAGAAGAGGCAAAGGUAGAGCCACAAGAAUUAAGCCAUAGUACUGUUAGAGUCACUAAGGCCAAUAAGAAAGGCCCUAGAGCUACUGUCUGUGAGAAUUUACAGGCAAACUCUUCUAAUACGGGGAUCCAACAAAACAACAAUGCCUCCAAUAAAACAACUGCCAAUCGGGGUGGAACCACACCAGCACGUAGCAAACCUAUAGAUAUUCAACCUAAUAGAAACAAGAAUAAUACAAAUGCUGGUAGUUAUAAUUUGAGUUCAACUCCAAAGGCACGUGGUGGGGGUGGAAGUGGGGGAAGUAUGGGAGGUGGCACAGAACGGGCUAGACGUCGUAAUGAGGCAUGUUUCGGGGAUGCAGCUGACCCAGCCUUUGAAGAUGAUUUUGACUUCGAGGGCAACCUUGCACUGUUUGACAAGCAGGCGGUGAGUUGGGAAGUCCGAGGCGGAGCGGGAGGCGCUGCCCGUCCCGACGUAGUUGCUGACGCGGCCAUGAGACACGACGAGAGCGUGCUGCCAGCUCCGCCCGCCGCUCGACCGGCCUUGCGUUUGCCGGCGCAUCUUCAAGCUUCCCAUGACUACACCACAGAUGACGGUCGAACUAUACCUGCAGCCACGCCGCGCGCCCGACAGAUGCUUUGGGAGAGUCUCCUCCGUCUGCGCUUGCUUGAUAGCGCGUUGCUGCUCGUAUCGCGGGCGGUGGCCGACUUCGCGUUGCGUUUGUGUGGUGGUGGAAGGCGUCUCGAGGCACGGAACGCCCAUCAAGUACCCGUCGUUGUGGUGGCGGCCGGUACCCACCUGGGUGGGGCAGCCGGCGUGUUGACUGCGCGGUUAUUACUUUCGCACGGUGUCCGCGCCCAUGUCGCCUUAAGUGGCGAGGGCGCCGAGUCGUGUGCGUUGCUCCAACGAGAGCUGACAGCGUUCGCCGCGGCGGGCGGGGCAGCCGCGUGGGGCAUGGGUGGCGCCCCGGUGGCCGAUCUGGUGGUACUGGCGCUAUACGAUCCUUUGGCGGAUGCUGGCCGCGCAGGGCAUUCAGAGGUAUUGGGGUGGGUCCGCGCGCAGAGAGCCGCCGUGCUAGCGUUGGAGCCCCCGGCCGGUGGUUGGCCGGACACGCCCACUCGCGCCGCAGUCGUAGGCGGACUGCCAACCCCGUUGGACCCCUCGCUUGGCCGCGUCUUCCUCGCCAAUAUUGCCCCUCCGCAGCAAAUUUUUAAGGAGAUGAACAUCGAAUACCGACCGCCGUUCGGUGCCGCUUCUCUACUGCCGCUGCAUUGA